CGGAAGUCAACAAACCAAACGGUCAAAUGCAACAACUCAAAGCACUUUAUUAAACUUCUGCGCGUAUGCAUUUUUUGUUUCGUACCUUUUAACCUUCAUGAAUUUUAGAACCGACAACUGGAAUGAAACCGUGUGCCUUACGGGAACCAACCGAGGGCCGUGUUUUGUUUGUCGCUUAGCUAACAUUGACGCUUUUUUCGUUGAAGGUUGAACAGACAGACUCAAAAUGCUCAGUGAGUCUCUGUCACGGAACGUCAACGUUGUUCUUGUGAUGGCCUACGGAAGGUCUGCUUUCGUUGGAUUCGUUUCUUACUAUGUUUGGUUUUGUGUGUUUGUUUUGCUCUUCAUCUUUGUGAAAAGACAAAUUAUGCGAUUUGCCAUGAAGUCUCGAAGAGGACCACAUGUUCCUCUUGGCCACAAUGCUCCUAAGGAGCUGAGACAAGAAAUAGAGGCCAAACUGUGCCAGGUCCAGAAAAUCCACUUUGAGCCUCGUCUGCUGUCCCCAGAUGAUGAUAGGCUAAAGCAUAGAGACCAGUCUGAUUCCUGUGAUUACCUGUACAGGAUGAGAGCCCUGGAUGCCAUCAGAGACACUGACCUCCCUUUUCGUGAACUGGGUGGGACGUCUACUGCUGUGACGGGGAAAAGAUUUCGGACGUGGCUACUGCAGCUACGUAAAUCACACUGCCUGUUCCGAAACAGCCAAGACAAGACAAGCUCCCUCAUCGACACAGUGUUAGAUGGUUACAACAAAGCUCGCCAUGGGUCAGAGGCUUUUGGUGAAGCUGAGUUUUUGAAAUACCAGGAAGCGCUGACUGAACUGGCCUCUGUUGUGAAGUCUCACAGCAGCAGCAGCAACACUCUGAGCCAGCACCAUCAGACCGCAGCCAAAGACUUGACCAUUACCACAGAGCCUGCGAGCCCCUCCACCUCCCCGACCCAAACCACCUACCUCACAUCUACAGCUCAGCAGCGCAGCAAGCGGUCCAGACACUUCCUGGAGUUAAAGAACUUCAAAGACAACUACAACACUCUGGAUAGUACGCUUUGAAAAACCUACAACAUCCGUCCAAAGGAAAAGUCAACGAUUAGUGCUGCCAGUGUAAAAGUGCCUAGAGUGAAGUCAGAAAGCACUGCCUUUAUGUACUAACCCAAAUUGCCUGGUUUACAGUUUACUACAUAUCAGACAUAUGUUACAAUGUGCUUUACCUUAAUGUAACUUGUGCAAAUAUUAUUGUUAAUGCACGCAUGCCUGCUGUAUUUGGGCAUAAAUAACUAAGACAAACAGCUAUAGCAAAUGAUGUUAAGAAGCAAGAGUGAUUUGACCAAAACACACCAGAGCUCUGGGAAUAUGCAACAGCAUUAGACAAUCAGUAUUUAUUGCACAAUAUAAGAGCCUAUGCACACUGUUAAAGUUGACUAACUGCAUGUACUGUAUAUAUCCCUUUAGUUACUCGUACUUGUGAAUGAGAAAGAAUGAGAAAGCCAGUGUUACUGGCCGGUUCACACUGAGAAAAACAUACACUGUCACUUGUGUUUACAUGUCUGUCUGUCCGUCUGUCUGUCUCUUCGAUGAAUUAAGCACCUCUUAUUUUUUAGCCUUAAAGUGUUGUUUUACAGAAGCCAUACUUGAAAACAUUAUUUUUCUGAUUGAAUUUUAAUCAUGUUCUGGACUGGUUUUAACUUUUUAAUCUUCUUUUCAGUGCAAUGUAAUUUAAUAGUAUUCCAGUUCUUAAUUGGAUUCUGAAUGUGAAAUCUUACACCUGAGGACGUCUCUUUGACAACGUAUUGUUUCUUUUAUGCUACAUUAGAGGUUGACUGGCAUCCAGUACUUAUUUGGGAGUAACAGUCAUCAGACAUGAAUUGUAAUGCCAGUUUUAUUUUGAGUGGUGCUCUCUGUACAAAUUGCCAUCCAAAUAAAAAGUGUAACAUACAAGUU